GGACAAACUCGGACUGUCAAAAGUCUUGGAUUUCUGCUAUCCCGCGGGUCUUGCGGGGGCUAUGAUGAAUGGAUUUUCUCCCUGCGAUAUCAUUUGACUUUUCACCUGUCUAUGGUCCACAUCCCGUUAUUUUCCGUCGGUCUCUGCAACCUAAGAAAAUAGUCUGACACGAUGUUGCUGCAGCUCAAUAGCCGCUGUUGACGAUCUUGAUCGUUGAUCGGCAAUCACCCACAACCUUUGCUUUUCCUGUGUAUCCACCAUGCAUUUUCCAGUCCACACUAAGCCAGGUCAGCCUCGCAGACGACACGAGUGUGUGUGCAACUGGGCCACACUCGUAGACGAUUGAGUUUAUGGGAGUGGAGUUGCUGCCCACGAGACCGAGUAUGCAACGCAGGGAUCCUCGGACUUUGAUCAGAUACCGGGACGGGGUGGGGCAUAGUCCUGAGCAUAUCGCGCUAGUAAUUUUCAGUUCGGCCGGGUUGGACGGGGACUAACAAACUCACACGGGCCCUUAUCAAUCAGUUUGCGCCCUCCCCCUUCUUUCAGUUGAUCUUCUUUUUUCAUUUCGUGGUCUCGGACUGGAUAUUCUCCCGCGGGCACAUUGAGCUGAUCAACCCAAUCUUCAGUUUCAACAUGGGCAAUAAUCCAGUCUUUGCCGUCACGGUCUUCUUCAUUAUUUUCCGAGAAUGUCUCGAGACCACGGUGGUUGUUUCGGUCUUGUUGGCCUUCUUGAAGCAAACACUGGGAGGCGAACAGGACAAGAAGACCUAUAAAAAGCUAGUGAAACAGGUCUGGCUCGGAUGUGCAUUAGGUUUGGCGAUAUGUCUGGCUGUUGGUGCCGGUAUGAUCGGUGCCUUUUAUGGCUUGGGAACAGAUACCUUCUCCGCUACGGAGGAUAUCUGGGAAGGUGUGCUGGGAAUCCUUGCCUCACUCAUUAUCACUAUCAUGGGUGCGGCCCUGCUCCGUGUGUCGAAGCUCCAGGAGAAGUGGCGAGUUAAGCUUGCAAAGGCUCUGGAGCACGAACACAGCCCGAAUGAGACGCGCAAGGGCCGAUUCAAGCGCUGGACGGAGAAGUAUGUGAUGUUCAUGCUGCCCUUCAUCACCGUGCUCCGCGAGGGUCUCGAGGCCGUCAUCUACGUCGGUGGUGUGGGUCUGGGACUGCCAGCUUCAUCCAUCCCUCUCGCCGUCUUCUGCGGUCUGCUCGCUGGAUUUGUUGUUGGAUAUAUCAUCUACCGCGGUGGACGAGAGACAUCUAUGCAAAUCUUCCUCAUCAUCUCAACCUGCUUCCUCUACCUAGUCGCCGGCGGUCUCUUCUCGCGCGGUGUGUGGUACUUUGAGAACAACACCUGGAACCACGCGGUCGGCAGCGACACCGCGGAGGUAGGCUCGGGCGCAGGAUCGUACGACAUCAGCCAGAGCGUGUGGCAUGUCAACUGCUGCAACCCUCUCAUUGGCGGCGGCGGUGGCUGGGGUAUCUUCAACGCUCUGUUCGGCUGGACCAACUCGGCCACUGUGGGGUCGGUCCUUGCUUACAACUUCUACUGGAUCUGUGUGAUGGUCGGCUAUGGAUUGAUGAUGUGGCGGGAGCGUAAUGGACCCUUGCCUUACCUGGACCCGGCCGCGAAGAAGUUUGCUCAGGCUAAAGGCCGGGCAAAGGCAUUUGUGUUCCGCACUGCAUGGGAUCGGCCCUACUCGGAUGAACCCACCACUGCUGGCCCUGUCCAUGCGAGCGGUGCGAACCUGGAAGCGGGUGUGCUACAGACUGAGAAGGGUGCCGAGACUGGGGUGUCGACGGUUGCGCGACACCCUUCGCUUUAGUCCGUGGUUGACGGUGCCAAAAAGUUUCCAUUUAUUUCUUUGCAUCUUGUACCUGCAUAUUGUGAUAUAGAUUUAGCGGUGAAUAUUUUCGAUACCCAAGAAGUAUAGAAAGCACAUGACCUCCAAGUAGCAGGGCAGAUGGCGAUUGUCAGCCGAACUUCAAUUUCCC